AUGUCUAAAAAAAUCUGUAUUUUGUAUGGAUCUGAAACAGGCAAUUCAGAAGAAUACGCAAUCUCCUUGUCGUAUAAAUUGUCAAGAUAUCACUUUCAACAUACUUUAGCAUCUCUCAAAGACUUUAAUCUACAGGAUCUCACAAAGUGUAGAUACCUGUUCAUUAUAUGUUCCACUACAGGCCAGGGUGAAUUACCCAGAAAUGCAAAAUGUUCGAAAUUAUGGAAUUUUAUGAAAAGAGGAGAUCUACCUAAUGACUUUUUAAACUAUAUAAAAAUCGGAUUUUUAGGCUUGGGUGAUUCUAGCUACCCUCAUUUCCAGUACGCAAUUAAGAAAUUACAUAAAAGAAUGGUAACCCAAUUGGGCGCAAUUGAAUUAUUCCCCAGAUUUGAAGCUGAUGAGGUGGGGUUGGCCGGGAGUGGUGGUGGUAGCGUUGAAGCGGUCUAUUUUGAAUAUGAAAAACAGGUUUUACAAAAAUUACUCCAGAAAUUCCCAACAAGAAAAAUAUUAGGUGAUCAAAAAAUUAAACGUGAGAUGAUUGAUGAUUCUGUAUAUUUAGAACCAAAACAUAUUUUAAGCAUCAGUACCACCACCAAUAAAAACGACACAAAGCCAAGGUUUUCAAAUAACGAAGUCUGUUUGGGGAAAGUCAUUAUGAAUAAACGGAUUACCGCCACAGAUCACUUUCAGGACGUGCGUCAAUUUAAAUUUGAAUGCGAGACAAAAUUUGAUCCUGGCGACACAGUGGGAAUUUAUCCUGUGAAUUCAGAUCUAACUGUUGAUGCAAUGCUAAAUGCACAACCUCAUUGGAUCAAUAUAGCUGAUAAACCAUUAGAGUUGAACAAUAUUCCGCCCACAUUAAGUGUAUUAUUACCACCAAACCAAGAGUUAACUUUAAGACAUUUGUUAAAAUACUAUUUUGAUAUUUGCAGCAUUCCAAAAAGAACUUUUUUCUUAAAGACAUUAUCAUUUUCUAUAGAUUCUUCUAGAUUAUCAGGUGGAGAAUCUCAACUUGAACAACAAAGAAAGAAACUAUUUGAAUUUGCUACAAAACAAGACAUGCAAGACCUAUACGAUUAUUGUAACAGGCCUAGAAGAUCAAUUUUAGAAGUUAUUCAAGAUUUUGGAUCUUUUGGAUUACCUUAUGAAUACAUUUUUGAUUUUUUCCCAAGCAUAAAACCAAGAUUCUAUUCCAUUUCAAAUUGCUACAAUGGCCAUGAAAUGGAAUUAACUGUUGCUAUUGUUAAGUAUAAAACAAUUUUGCAUAAGAUCCGAAAGGGGCUAUGUACUACGUAUUUGAAUGAUUUGAAAGAAAAUGCUUCUUAUGUAAGAUUUUUUGUUGAGCAUAAUAACUUAUUAGACAAAAUGGCAAACUAUCAAGAAAAACCAGUAAUAUUAAUUUCACCUGGUGUGGGAAUAGCUCCAGUUAAAUCAAUUAUAGAAUCCAAAAUUUUUUCCCAUAGACAAUCGCUAUUUUUCGGUUGUAGGGCCAAAACCAAGGACUAUUUAUAUGGAGAUAAAUUGGCAAACUUAGCUAAUUCUGGGGAAUUAAAGUUAUUUAUAUGUUUCUCUAGGGAUUUAACAAAUUCUCCCACUGCUAAGUAUGUACAAGAUAUGUUAUGGGAAAAUGGUGAAUAUGUUUAUGAUUUAAUUAAAAAUAAAAAUGCCUAUAUAUAUUUGUGUGGUUCCUCCGGUAAAAUGCCAAUUCAAGUUAGGUUAACGCUAGUUGAGAUUUUGAAAAAAUUUGGGGAACCUGCUAAUAUCAAAGAACCUGAAGCUUACUUAAAAUCAAUGGAAAAGAAUUAUAGAUAUUUACAAGAAACUUGGUAA